GCCUCAGUCGGCGGCGCUCUCAGUCAGCUUUGGGAGGCUCUGCCCGAGACACGGUGGUAGCACCGGAACACACGCAAAAUCCACCCGGUAAGAUUCUCUUCCCCUCUCCGUAAGACGGGUCGCUCGGGCGAGAGUGCCAAGUUCAAGUUCGUUAAACGCGACAUAGAGAGAGAGAGAGAGAGAGAGAGAACGAAGGGAGUCCGUCGGCCGACGACGGGGCCCGUACACAAGCUCGACAGCAGCAGCACGCACGCGAGUUUUUCGCCGCCGCGCGAGGCCGAUCCGUGGGCGAGACGAGACGGACAGUAAAAGGGCCGGCCGAUCCCGCGCCAGAGGAAGCACGAAUUCGAGAAGCGUACGCUCUCCGUAUUCGCGCGCUCCCGCCCGUUCCUACAUUUUUGGUCCUUUUUUUUUUGUUUCGAACGAUAUUCCGCGACACGUGUCGGCCGGGGGACACGUACUGUUUAUUCACGCGUGGGUGCUUCAGGUGCGAGCUUACGGCGAUACGCAUACGGUUCGUAGUGGCAGUUUUAUUGUGCUCUGAGGAAAGUUUUUUCUCCCCCCCCCCUGUUCACCACCGACGCCCUCCGACGUCGCGCCCGCUCGGCCGAGGGACGAGAAGGAAGCGAGAGGAAGGCAGAAACGGAUCGGACGCAGCGCCCGGGGCUCCAAGGCUACAAAGUGUGUUUUUGUGCGAGGACACCCGAGGACCAUGUCGACCGCCGUCAUGAGCAACACCUCCAUGUUCGAUUGCGGCGAGCAUCUCUUCAAGAAUGCCGGCUCGAACAAGGCGAAGGAACCUCCGUCAUCCCCGACGACGAGCACCACGAAUGGUGGCACCGCCGGCGGCAACAACGUCGGCAACGGACACGCGCCUCUGAAACGCAGCUACACCUCCCUGAUGACCACAUUAAUCGAACAACAUCGAAAACUGGACCGCAGCGUCAGCGAGCCGACGUCGCGCUACAAGACGGAGCUCUGCCGGCCAUACGAGGAGAGCGGCUCGUGCAAGUACGGCGAUAAAUGCCAGUUCGCGCACGGUUUUACCGAGUUGCGCAACCUGGCGCGCCAUCCCAAGUACAAGACCGAGCUGUGCCGCACCUUCCACACGAUCGGCUUCUGCCCGUACGGCCCGCGCUGCCACUUCAUCCACAACUUCGAGGAAGCGCGUAUACACAACCAGAGGGUGAGCGCCCAGCUCGGCUCAUUGCAGCCCAACCUAGUGAGCUUGAAUCCGUUGAUGAACGCGGCAGCGGCCGCCGCUGCGGUGGCAUCCGCGACCGGCAACGGUACCGCCGUGACCAACAGCGCCACUGCCAAUAAUGUUAGCGUCAACGUCAGCCUGCUCGAGCAGCUCGCGGCGUCGUCGCACGUGGCUGCGGCCGCCGCGGCCGCAGCCACCACGUCGAGCCUCAUGCGAACCAACUCGCUAAGUCUGGGCAGCAGCACCGCUACCAGCGCGAACGGCUUCAAUCAGCCGCCGUUGCUGCGAACAUCGUCGCUGAGCCUGGCCACGAGUCAUCAUCACGCGGUCCAUCAUCAUCAUCAGGUGAACGUCGUCAACUCGGUGAUCGGGGCGACGAAGCCAAAACCGCUCAAUCUUAGUCCGACGUUCUCGCUCGGCAGUUCUGCUGAUUCGGUCUCGCCAUCGUCUAGCCUCAGUCAGUCGCCGACGAACUCCAUGGCGAGCUUCUUCAGCGACGACUGCAGCCAGCAAGCGGUCUCGUGCACGAAUCUGCAGACGACGCCGUUCAGUUUCGGCCAGGACUUCAGUCUGCUCGCCUGCUCGAGACAGAGCCCGAGCCCGCGUAACAACGGCGUGUGCAGUCCGCUCGCCUCCGACGAGGUAACACCCAGAACCCCCUCCCCGCUGUCACCUAACACCGAGUCCAGGCUGCCGGUCUUUAACAGGAUCAGCAGCACCCUGGACAGUUUCGACAACCUCAAGAUCUAGAGCGGUCGCCGGCGCGAACCGUGAAGAAGAGAGACGCGAAUUCUCGGCGAGUUUCGCGCUCGGGGAUAGAAAAGAAUGGAAGCUUUCAUGUGGAUCGACUUGAGUCUUGGGGGCGGUAGCUUCUCCACGGCGGAAUUCACGUCUUUUUUUCGUUUCUUACGCGCGCGCGCGCGUAGAGCGGUACCGCCGCUCGCCGUGAUGCGGUUUACCCUUGUCCGUCAUGGACCGUUUUCCUCAAAAGAAAAAAAAACAUUUUAGGCACACGUCAGGUUUCAUUACCCUUGAUCUAGCAUACCUUCCUCUUUUUUUAUAUAUUAUUAUAACUAUAAUCUUCAUAUAAUAUCAUCGUACUAUUGUAAUAUAU